UCUCCGUCAACAUACAGACUUCCGCACAGAAUGAAGCUCGAGAUCAGAUGCUCGGAUCAGUCAAAGAAGUACUGCAAGACGGCGCGGCUGCUGAUGAUGACCAGACCAUCAUUGCUGCCGGCGGGACACAGCCUGAGGCAUCGAGUUAGGAUGAGGGCCUUCUGUACACUUACUCAUCUUCGGUUGGCGGCCAUGCUAAUUCCCAGACCAGGAUAUUAACGGUUCUCGUGGCGGAUCAUCGUUAUGGUUUCGUUCAUGCACGAAUUUGGACUUCACAAUGGAUCCGCUGCCAAUCAUUGGCUCACCAGAAGAUAUGCAACUCGCAAUCAGAAGCAGGUCUUAAUGAAAAGCGGGUUAAAGCUUCUGAUUGACGUCGAAAUCAACGGAUUUCGUUGUUUGGCCACAGAUAUAAUGUGUACAGGCAAAGCUGUGGCAGUGGCAACUGGUCAAUGUGAAUUCAUUCGGCUCGAUCCGUGCCAGUUCUGCUUUGCAAUGGGCUAUAUAGACGAUCUUCUUAAUAGCACUCAGGCAAGAAGUGGAAAUACAUCCUACCCCUACCAGCAACGACCCAAGACGCCAUUUCAAGGAUUUCGAGCUGAUGUAUCAUGGGAAAGCGCAGAAGGUGUCAACGAUGAUGCGAGAUCCUAUGAAGAAAGCAUUCCGGAUGAAUGGAGAGAGGCAGGGCAAGGCACUUCGACGUAUUGGGAAAGUGCUGGUUAUGGAAACACGCAAGAGACCCGACAUGAAGUGAAUUCACAAGACAGCGCCGUAGUUGUCGAUGCAAUACUGGGGAUGGACCUGAGUACAAUGAGGGCACUCGGCAGCACCCUCAGCUCGAUCUACGAUACUCUGAAGUCUGGCGACCCUGGGAUACUCUCUCGCCGAUUGGUGGCUGGGGUGGACAAGCUGCAGUCUGCUCUCUCCGGUUCCGGUUUGAUUCUAGCCCCGGAGAAUACUUACGAUAGGGGUAUGCGGGCGCUGUCUGAUAAUUCAAAGUACCAGAAUAGGCUGCUUGAUAUGGACCGUCGUCUGAGUGUUGCGGAAAGUCAAGUUGCCGCGAACCGUAACCUGGCGGGCUACUGGGAGGAUACCCACUCAAAGUCGGUGAAGAGCAGAUUUGGUGUUCGGACCUAGAUAGAGCAUCAGACAUCUUUGCCCAGCCAAACUUAGCAUGCAUCAGUUUGAGCUCGUUCCUUUGGCGGUAUAUGUCAUCAGGAGACAAUUGGAUCGAUAUCACUCGUAUUGAUCGAUCAGAAGUCGACUUUGUCAAGCGCCACAGGG